AUGCGUCUCAAGCACAUCUUCGCUCUUUCGCUAGCCUACCUCAGUACCGCCCCCGUGCGCGCCCAGGACGAUGCUCUCCAGUACGUUGACCAGUUGAUUGGGAGCAGCAACGGAGGAAAUGUGUUCCCGGGUGCAACUCGUCCCUUUGGCAUGGCCAAAGCAGUGGCCGACACGGACUCGGAGAGUAACCAGGGCGGUUUCACCACCGACGGAGCCAACAUCACUGGCUUCUCCCAGAUGCACGAUUCCGGAACCGGAGGGAGCCCUUCGCUCGGCUUGUUUGCUCUCUUCCCGUACACCAGCUGCCCAGGCGACGACAUCGAUAACUGUGUGUUCCCAAAAAAGGCCAGGAGGACCCAGUUCGCCAACGAUUCGGUGAAAGCCAGUCCCGGAUACUUUUCCGUAACCCUGGACAGUGGUAUCCAAGUCGAGAUGACUGCUGCAGCACACACGAACCUGUUCCGCUUCAGCUUUCCUUCUUCUGGCCCCGACGGUGGCGCUCCAAGCCCGCUGAUUCUUAUGGAUUUGACCGAUCUCUCAGACUCGCGCCAGGACAAUGGGACCAUCACCGUCGACGCCGACACGGGCAGGAUGAAGGGAAACGCCCGGUUUCUCCCCAGCUUCGGACAAGGCAACUACGUCGCGUACUUCUGUGCCGAUUUCCAGGGGGCCAAUGUGCGUGACAACGGGAUUUUUGUGAACAGCAGGGCCAGCACAUCGGUCAAGAACCUGACCAUAUCCCGGUCCAUCAACGGAUAUCCCCUCCCGGGAGGUGGCUUCAUCCGCUUCGACGAUCCCGGAGAGCAGGCAGUGCUGGCGCGGGUGGGCGUCAGCUUAAUCAGCGAGGAGCAGGCCUGCAGCAAUGCCGAGUCGGAGAUGGCCGACUUUGACUUCCAAGGCACCCAGGACGGAGCGGUCGAGGAGUGGAGGCAGAAGCUCAGCCCGGUCCAGGUCAACCCCAACGGCGUCGACCGGGACCUGCUCGUCAACUUCUACAGCGGCAUCUACCGCGUCUUUGUCAACCCUCAGGACUACACGGGCGAGAACCCGCUGUGGACGAGCGACGAGCCGUAUUUCGACUCGCUCUAUUGCAUCUGGGAUCUGUUCCGCUCGCAGCUGCCGUUCCUGACCAUCGUGGAUCCUGAGCAGGUCACCCGCAUCGUGCGCUCUUUGAUCGACACGUACCGCCACGUUGGCUGGCUUCCUGACUGCCGGAUGAGUCUGAACAAGGGCUACACCCAGGGCGGCUCCAACGCGGACGUGGUCCUCACCGACGCCUACCUCAAGGGGCUGCGCGACGGCAUCGACUGGGACGACGCGUAUGCAGCCGUGGUGAAGGACGCAGAAGACGAGCCGUACGACUGGUGCUGCCAGGGCCGCGGCGGGCUCGACAGCUGGAAGACGCUGGGCUACAUCCCCGUGCAGGACUUCGACUACAAGGGCUUCGGCACCAUGACGCGCAGCAUCUCGCGCACCCUCGAGUACUCGUACAACGACUUCACCAUCGCCAGCCUCGCCGCCCGCCUCGACCGCGGCGCCGCCGACGUCGACAAGUACACGGACCGCAGCAGCAACUGGAAGAACCUCUUCCAGCCCAACCAGACGUCCUUCCUCAACGGCACCGACACGGGCUUCGUCGGCUUCUUCCAGCCCCGCUACCUCAACGGCACCUGGGGCUUCCAGGACCCGCUGCGCUGCUCCAACAUCGACCCCUUCCCGGACAGCGUGUGCUCGCUGCAGAACACGGCGGGCGAGACGUUCGAGUCGUCCAUCUGGGAGUACGCCUUCUUCGUCCCGCACGACCAGGCCGCCCUCAUCGCCUCCUUCGGCGGGCCCGCCGCCUUCGUCCGCCGCCUCGACCACCUGCACGACGCCAACAUCACCUACAUCGGCAACGAGCCGAGCUUCCUCACCGUCUUCCAGUACCACUACGCCGGCCGCCCCGCCCUGUCCGCCCGCCGCGCCCACUACUACAUCCCGGGCUUCUUCGGCACCACCCCCGGCGGCCUGCCCGGCAACGACGACAGCGGCACCGGCGGCGCCUUCGUCGCCUUCGCCAUGCUCGGCCUGUUCCCCAACCCCGGCCAGGACGUCUACCUGAUCGUGCCGCCCUUCUUCGAGGACGUCAACGUCACCAGCCCCGUCACGAACAAGACGGCCCGCGUGCGCAACGUCGGCUUCGAUCCCACGUACGAGGCCAUCUAUAUCCAGAGCGCCACGCUGGACGGCGUCGACUACACGCGGAACUGGGUCGAUCACAGCUUCUUCACCGAGGGGAAGGAGCUGGUGCUGACGCUGGGCCGGAACGAGAGCAAGUGGGGGACGAGGGUCGAGGAUCUGCCGCCCAGCGUGAGCGAGUAUACUGGCUUCAAUGAGACGGCGUGGAGCGGGAGUGCGAGCAGGGCGAGGAGGAGGGCGCCGGUGCAGCCGAGACUUCCGAUGGCGGUGGACUUUUGGCCCGAGGGGAAGGUUGGGGGGUUGUAG